CUGCUGCUUUUCCUGGGCAGGGCCUGCUUGCUCCACCUCUCAAGUCUGACUUGCAUCUACGCUGUGGGCAAGAUGCGGCUGCGAGACCGCAUCGCCAUGUUCUUCUUCCCAAAAGGCAUGAUGCUCACCACGGCUGCGCUGAUGCUCUUCUUCUUACACCUGGGCAUCUUCAUCAGCGACGUGCACAACUUCUGCAUCACCUGCCACUAUGACCACAUGAGCUUUCACUACACGGUCGUCCUGAUGUUCUCCCAGGUGAUCAGCAUCUGCUGGGCCGCCAUGGGGUCACUCUACGCUGAGAUGGCAGAAAACAAGUACAUCCGCUGCUCUGCCAUGACCAUCCUGAUGCUCAACGGAGCCAUGUUCUUCAACCGCCUGUCCUUGGAGUUUCUGGCCAUCGAGUACCGGGAGGAGCACCACUGAGGCCUGGGGAGUUGGAACAGGGCUGAGGAGGGGGGAGGAAAAGGCUGCCUCGGGUGUUUUAAUAAAGUUGUUGUUUAUUUCCA